UUGUCCGUCCCCUGGCCUAGCGGCUGCUUCUGCCUGGCCGCGGCUGAGCGGGAGCCGCGGGGUUGGAGCGCGCCGCCGCCCCGCCAUGGCCGAAGCCUAUUUCCCAGUGGGGCCCGGGCUGGGGCCCGAGGAGAAUUUCCUCUCGCUGGAAGACAUCCUCAUGUCCCAGGAGAAGCUGCCGGGGCGCGUGGAGGCUGCCCUGCCCCGCCUGGCUGCCGUGCUGGGCAAGGGCGCGGGGGCCGGCCAGAGCGACGGCAUCCCGGAGGGUUCAAAGGUGGAAAUACCCCUGUGGCUAGCAAAAGGGUUGUAUGACAACAAACGGAGGACACUUUCAGUGGAACUGCCCAAGAUUUACAAGGAAGGCUGGCGGACAGUGUUCAGUGCUGAUGCCAAUGUGGUUGACCUGCAUAAAAUGGGGCCAUACUACUAUGGCUUUGGCUCCCAGCUCCUGAAUUUUGACAAUCCCGAGAAUCCAGAGAUAGCUCAGACUAUACUGCAGACAUUUAUUGGCCGUUUCCGUCGCAUCAUGGACUCCUCCCAGAAUGCCUACAACGAGGACACCUCUGCACUGGUGGCACAGCUGGAUGAGCUGGAACGAGCGUUGUUUCGAGCUGGCCAGAAAGGGCUGAAUGACUUUCAGUGCUGGGAGAAGGGGCAGGCUUCUCAGAUCACAGCGUCCAGCCUGGUGCAGAAUUACAGGAAGAGAAAAUUCACAGACAUGGAUGGUUGAAAGCAUGAAGGACACAAAACUGCUACAGGGGACACUGAGGUACUCUGUGUCAGAGAGAAGAGAGACCAGCCAACCUUGGGAAGGGACAGACUCUCCUCCCAGUUUAACUGAAAUUCUUCUGCGCAGCAUCUUCAGAUUAGACCAAAGCACGUUUUAGACUAGAGGACGAGUAUAACCGGAAUACAUCACACAAUUGUUUUACAGCACACACAACCUUCUCCCAUGGAGUUACGGUAAUAGUUUUGGCUUUAUAGCUGAGUGGAUAUAAAAGGCUCUUCUGAAAGAGGAUCAUUUAAUAUUUACUGUUUUUAUCAUAUAAAUAGAUCUGGAAUUGUAAA